AUGGAAAGGGGGCAAACCAUUGUUGGGUUUGCCACUGAGGGGUCAAAGUCGAUCCCUCAGUACUCUCGGGCUUGUGUCUUGUGCCGUCGCAACAAGACCAAGUGUGACUUGUUCCCGGGACAAUCUGUGAAGCCGCCUGGGAUGGCGUUGACAACUCCGACUGUGGAGUACGCGGAUAUCUUGUGUGCCAAAAAGACGGAGGGAUCGGAUCUGCCAGGUAAAGGAAAGAGGAGAGAACUGCCAGUGCCGAAGGACAUUGGGGAGUUGCUGGUGCAACUCUACACCAGGGUUGGGGAGGUUGCCAAGGAGAAUGCUGCACUCCAUAGCAGCCUCACCUUACUCCAUGCCAGAGUCACUAGUUUGACUCAGCUUUCUGCCUCUCAGAAAGCUCAAAUGGAGUCGAUGGAGAAGGUAAUGAAGAGUAUAGAGUCAAAGUUGGAUCACAGGAGGCAGGACAAACAUGCAUUACCUACUCCCCGCCCUCCUGCUUCCCCUGCUCCUGCUUCUGCUUUUCCGCCUCCUGCUUUGCCUCUUCCUGCUUCACCACCUCCUGCUUCCCCGCCUCCUGCUUCCCCGGCUCCACCUCGCUUUUUGUCACUGGCAUCUUCCAACCCAGCAUAG